UUACUUUGCAAGUCAUUUCAUCAUGGGUGGAGAACGCUUCGAAACUACUCAACCAGAAGCAUACCUGUUUGGUGAAAAUAUGGACCUUAACUUCUUGGGUGGCAGACCUACUCCUUUUCCUUAUCCUGCACCACAGCCAAAUGAACCUACGCGAACAUUAAGAAGUUUGAUGAACAUAAGGAAAGAGUCUCUGCGAUUUGUAAAAGUACCAGAUUCAUUUGAAGGAGAAAGAUCAAGCUCUGAAGCUUCUUCGUUAAGCACUUCAUAUAAUAUAGAGUUUACUUUUGAUUCUGAUGUAAGAUGUGCAAUUAAUAUAUAUUAUUUCUGUACUGAAGAAAUAACAGCUAAUGGUGUUAUCUAUACUCCCCGGGAUCCAUCAAUGAAUUCAGAAACUUACCAUUAUAAGAAAGGAGUCAAUCAGCAGUUUAACCAAGUUUCUCAUGUCUUUGAUCCUAGUAAAUACUCAGAAGAAAUGUUAAAUUAUAAAUUUGAAGAUGAAGUUAUACCUGUGAUAAUACAAUGUGUUGCUGAAGAAGGAGAUGGUAAGAUAAUUAUUUUCUUAAUUUGAGGAAUUAAAAUAUAUAGAGAGAGGGAAAAG